UCUCGACGCUCCAGCAGCGGGAGAGCGAAGAAGCACCCGGAAGCAGCAGUGAAAGCGGAAGUGCAGAGAUGGAGGCGGCUGUGUUCAUCUUCUCGCUCGUCGACUGCUGUGCUUUAAUCUUUCUGUCUGUGUAUUUCAUCAUCACUCUCUCUGAUCUGGAGUGUGACUACAUCAAUGCUCGAUCCUGCUGCUCCAAACUCAACAAAUGGGUCGUUCCUGAGAUGAUCGCUCAGGCUCUGGCCACGCUCCUCAUGCUGGGCUCCAUGCACUGGUUUGUGUUCCUGCUCAACCUCCCCGUGGCGUCCUGGGACGUUUACAGAUACGUGAAGGUUCCCCUGGGGAACAUGGGAGUGUACGAUCCCACAGAGAUUCACAACAGAGGCCAGCUCAAGUCCCACAUGAAGGAAGCCAUGAUCAAACUGGGCUUCCACCUCCUCUGCUUCUUCAUCUACCUGUACAGCAUGAUCCUGGCUCUCAUCAACGACUGACCCACAACACAAACUGCCAAAUCAUGAACUGGCCUUUACAUUUUGUGAAUAAACUCCAAGCAUCCCAAUCAGAAGAUCAGCUCCAGCUUUCCUCCACACGUUCUCCUCUCCUCUCGUUACGUGUCUGUACUUCACGUUGGUUUCUCUGGAUCUUGCACUGCUUCUCAGGGCUGAAGCAUCAAGUCAAUCGCACUGAAUCUCUCAACAGGAUUAUAAAACAUUCUUAGUUUAUAUCUUACAGUUCGGACUUGGUUUCUUGCAGUUCUGAACUGCAAGAUAUAAACACAGUAACAAUAAACGUGCAAUUCUGAGGAAAAAAAGUUAUAAUUAUGAGAUAGAUAUAUAUUGUUUUCUGUAUCCCGUGGCAGAAACAAGUUUCCAUAGAUUUACCCUUAAUGGUUUGAAAUAUAUGCUUUUUUUAUUAUUAUUUGAUGAGCUAGAUGCAUAAGUUUCAUGCUUUUUUUUUUUUUGAUUUUUUCUCUCAUUCACUUGCAUGCUUUUUUUUUUUUUUUAACUGCCUGUUGUUGGAAGCAUUUUCUGUGUAUGUUCUCUUGUUUACAGCUGAGCUUCGCUCUAGAAUAACCAGGACCUGCACUAAUGUGUUCAUCACAACCUCUGAAUCACAUCUGAGCCAUUUGAUCAACUUCCUGCUAAUCACAUUUCAGUGGCUUGUUUUUGAGCAGAUAUCAUUGGUUUUGUGCUGCUUUUCAUGUUUAAGAAUGUGUCUGAAUUUUAGCAGAUCAUACGCCUCAAUAUUUGCUUGAUGUUAAAGUGAGAUUUCAUCCUUUUAGUGGUGACUCUCAGCAAACUUGGAGCCCAAAAUCACAAGAAUUAAAGUAUAUUUUGUUUAAAGAAACUGAAGGCACUGUUAAGAACCAUUAAGAUAUUUUUAAUGUUGUUUUAAUGAAAAAAUUGCACAUUUCUCUUCUCAUUCGUAUUUUUCUUUUGGGUAUUUUAUUGUUUUCAAAGGUGCUUAUUACAAAAUACAUGUUAAAUUCUCAAAGAUCAUCCAAUUUAAAUCAUAAAAUGUGUUUUGAAUGUAUAUGUCAUAGUAUUUGCUGGGCUGCCUGUUGAUUUAAAAUCAAAGUUUAAUUGUCACGUGAAUACUAUAGAAAAAGUGCUUAAUAACAGGUAUCAUUUUCUUUACACUAAAUACUUUUCUUUGAUUUUGAAUUGGGAUUUUCUUUUCUCUGAGGAUUCACCUGUCGAGGUUAAUGAAAGCUGGUACGCAGGGGUGUGGGUUUGUUCAAACACUACGCAGCAUCACAUGAUCUUCAUUGAGUUUUAUCAGUCAGUCCUGCGUUGAAAAGCCCUGUGAAGUAGCUGUUCAUGUCUCAUCAUACUGCUGUCGUUCGAGAGGGUUUGCUUUGUGAGCAUGUGAGAUCUGUCUCACCGGUUAUGUUCAGUUCUUUUGCAUAUUUGCAUUUGUGGGGUUUAUUAAAUAAAAAGAUGAUCAUGAA